CAUACCAUUGACCGGGGUGUGCUUUGUCGCCUUUCCUCUGAAGGUUUCGCGGAUUUUCUCAUCUAGGGGGCCUGAAACCAAGAGAUGCAACAUAAUCAAUUGUGACGUUUCAUUGAAGGAAUCUACAUAUAUAAAAUGCUGCGAAAUAGCAUUAAGAACAAACUAGAGGAGAUUGUUGGAGCGGUGGCAAGUGGUUAGAUGCUUAAAAAUGGGUAGUGGUAGCACAAAGCACAGCAGGAGAGUGGCCUGGGCAGAUGAUGAUGUUACAAGCCGGAGAGGAAGGCUCAUGGAGAUGAUGAGACGAAAAUUCAAACGUCGCAAAGAAUUCUCUCAACUGGAAAUAGUGCUAUUGAUCUUCGAAGUUAGAGAGGGUAUCAUCAAGUACUUGAACAUUAUAGACCGGUGCAAUUUAUCGCGAAUCAGCAAGGCAGUUUACACAUCUUGCAAAGGGGACCCGUACCGAAUUAGAGAGAUUGAUCUAACUGGCGAGAGAAGAUUGAGAGGAAAGAACCUGUAUCUGUACAUGAGAAAGCUCGGUAGACGAACAACAAAAGACAUAAGGCUUCUUGCGCUGCAUGGGACACUUGCAGAUUCACGUGAUGUUGAAGAUGUAAUCGAUAAAUGCGAAAAUAUCAGGAUACUAAAACUUGGUGAACAGCAGCUAAGCAAAAGGAUGAUCGUGUCAGUCUCGAAGAAAUUGUUGCUGUUGAAAGAGUUAUGGGUUAUCAACGCGUGUUUUAUAAAUAUCCACACGAUCCGUGUGAUUGCUAAAUUCCUGAAGAAUAUAGAAGGGCUGUUUCUACCCAACUCGAAACAUUUGGACGAUAAAGGCCUGAUGGUUAUUUCACAGAAGAUGAUAAAUCUCCGAAGACUGUCAUUACGUGGAUGCGAUAGUAUCACCGACCUUGGGCUUCAACAUGUCGUUCUGAGAUGCCAGUCACUGGAGUAUCUUGAUGUAUCUAUGACGAGAACAAUGGCUUAUCCAACAUGCAUUUGGAUCGCAAAAAUUGCCCGCAAUCUGACCAAGAUCGUGGUAUCAAAUACACGGAUUUACAACUGCGGAUCUCGAGUGCUUCAGAUGAAAUUCAGAAAAAGAGGCCUUGAUCCAGAAAAGAGCGUUGUUUUAUGCAAGACUUGCAACGAGUAUUGUCCCACACCAAUUCAUUUCAGCGAGAAACACAUGAUUGAGCAUACACAGACGCAUUUUGAAGAACCCGCCAUUCUGACUGAGUACAAGCAAAGAAGGGCGAAUCUUCAGUGA